AUGUCCUUUGACAGAGACCCGAACGUUGAAGUUGUGCGAAAGUAUGACGGUGCAGUUCAAAGCCUAGACCAUGCGCAACAGCCGUGGUCCCCUGAGACCGGUCUAGACGGUCCAUCCGAUCCUAUAAGCACUGCCCAUCAAUAUCUUCUUAAGGUGGCAGAUGGCUACGAAAUCCCUCAGGGCGUCCUUGGCGAGACUCCUACCGAAUUAUCUGAACCGGCCAGUCCCACAGACGCUCCGUUUGGCCUCAAACUGGUGCAAGAAAGGCCUCGCUUUAGGAGCACAGCAGUGAUCUACCAGCAAACAUUGGGCGGGUUGCCUGUGUGGAACGCCAAGCUUAGUGUCACCGUGAACGAGGAGAAUCAGCAUCGACACAAAAGCCUCCAAACCAGAACCCCCCCCCGGGACGAUGCUAAAUACAUGCAAAACGACGUUACGGAGGAGGAUCUUGGCCAAUUAUUAGCGCUUCCAGUAAGCAGAGGCGGAAUCUACUUCAAACAAGAGCAGAAGCACCAACGCCUUCUCGUCUAUCGCUACCACAAAGAUGAUAGACAGGAGAUAGCUGGGGAUUCUGCACCUACCCUAGUUUUGCCCGAAGUCCCUGAGAUAAUCAGAGAUGGACAGUACUAUGUGGUGAGAGAAGUUCUUUUCUCUCUUCCGAUCUCUGGAUAUGGUGACCUCAACUGGAGAGCAUUUAUUGAAGUCGAGACGGGCUCUGUCGUCUACUUGCAGGCGCUCACAGCUGGUCUAAGUGGCUGGGUGUUUGCCCGAGACCCCGCCACAAAGCUCGGCCAAAAAGCUCCCACAACAAGUGGCAGCAUUGUUGACUUGAACCUGCUACGGGACAAGGUUUUCCUUCCUGACACAGUUGCGACAACCCCUCAAGCUCUCACAGGCAGAUACACUGAAAUCAAAGAUACUCAGUUGCCUUUGAGUCUGCCCCCAACGACAACCACUGGAGAAUUCAAUGACAGCGUUGAGACAGACAAUUUUGCAGCUGUCAAUGCAUACUAUCAUAUUACGAAGCUGUUCAGGCUUCUGGCUGAGCUGGGUUUCCCGGUUAAAACUUUCUUCGAAAACACCAAAUUUCCCGUCCCUGUUGAUCAUCGUGGCUUCAAUAACAAGGUAAAUGCUCAAGCCCCGGGAAAUGCAACUGGUAACGGCUCUGGAGGCUUUGUUUUUGGCCGGGCUGAUCUGAAUCCGAAUUCGCAAAUUGGUAUUGCUGCGGAUUUCCGCGUCGCUGCACACGAGUUUGGCCAUGCACUUCUGUGGGAUGCUAUUCACUGGCCAGGAUUUGGUUUCGCCCACAGCCCUGGCGACUCACUGGCUGCCAUAUACUGUGAUCCUGGAAGUAAUGCACAAGAUCGAUUUGAUACAUUUCCUUGGAAUGUUCGUGUUCGUCGCCGCCAUGACCGCGAAGUCACUGAUGGCUGGGCAUGGGAUGGACCCCAAUAUAGACAAGAUGACAACGCGUAUUAUCUUCGCGAGCAGAUUCUAUCGACCACUCUUUUUCGUCUCUAUCGGGUCAUUGGUGGAGAUGCGAUCGGUGAUUUCCACAAGCAGAACUGGGCGUCAAGGUACACUCUGUAUCUGAUCAUCGGAGGCAUCGCUACCAUCACAACAAGGGCCAGCAUGCCGUACCAAUAUGUCUCCGCAAUGAUAUCUGCGGACAAUGGUACAGUGCUUGGCUAUCCCGGUGGCGCUGUCAGGAAGCUUAUCCGCUGGUCAUUUGAGAAACAGGGCCUUUACCAUCCUCUAGACACUCCGAGCCCCGGGGUCAUGACAAGAGGGCCACCUCCAGCUGUGGACGCUUACAUCGAUGAUGGUAGAGAUGGCGAGUAUGACUAUGCUCCUAUGUCCGGGAGCCCACCUGGUAUCUGGAAUCGCCAAGCUCCAGAUGGUGGUCUGGUCGACCAGGCUCCCAUUGUCGGAGUUACAAACUACUGUUACGUCGCGGUGAAGAACCGCGGAACAGAAAAUGCGCAGAACGUCAAGGUCACUGUAUAUGAGUCUACUAUCCCAGAGCCAAGGGUCUGGCCAGCCCACUUCCAAACACCGGGCACUGUUGUGCCAGUUAGCGGGUCUAUCAGUGGAAACCGACAACAAACUGAGAUUGCUGGGCCAUUCCGAUGGACCCCCAAUUCAAAUGCCUCAUUUGAUAGGUAUAGCUUGCUGGCUGCUGUCCGUGCUGACGGUGACCUCCCAAACAUUGACGCCAGCAGUGGCCUGGCAUGCGCAGGUGGACCAACAGAUAUUGGCAAUCUCAUUCCAUUCGAUAACAACCUGGCAAUGCGGCACUUCGACCGGUAA